AUGGCCACCCUACCGCCAGACCGCCGCCCGGUCGUCAUCUCGGGCCCCUCAGGCGUCGGAAAGGGCACCCUGUACAACCGCCUCUUCGCCCAGCACCCAGACACGUUCUGCCUGUCCGUCUCGCACACCACCCGCUCCCCGCGGCCUGGCGAGACCGACGGCGUCGACUACCACUACGUGUCCAUGGCCGACUUCGAAGACCUCAUCGCCAGCCAGGGCUUCGUGGAGCACGCCCAGUUCGGCGGCAACCGCUACGGAACAAGCAAGCGCACGAUCGAGGAGCAGACCAGCAAGGGAAAGGUCGUGUUGCUCGACAUCGAAAUGGAGGGCGUCAAGCAGAUCAAGCAGUCGAGCAUCGCCGCCCGCUACGUUUUCAUUGCUCCUCCGUCGCUCGAGGUCCUGGAAGCCCGUCUUCGCGGUCGUGGUACCGAGGACGAGGCUAGUAUCCAGAAGAGACUCAGCAGGGCCGUCGUCGAACUUGACUUCUCAAAGACCCCUGGCGUCCAUGACAAGAUCAUCGUCAAUCAUGACCUUGACAAGGCCUACAAGGAGCUUGAGGCGUACAUCUAUGAAUCCUCGGACUAA